CGUUCGCCUCGCUUCUGUCAAGCCCACCGGCUCGCUCCUCCGUGCCAAGAUGGCGGCAGAAGCAGCUGGUGGGAAAUACAGGAGCACAGUCAACAAAAGCAAAGACCCCUCGGGGCUGCUCAUCUCUGUGAUCAGGACUCUGUCUACUAGUGAUGAUGUGGAAGACAGAGAGAAUGAGAAGGGCCGCCUUGAGGAAGCCUAUGAGAAGUGUGACCGUGACCUGGAUGAGCUUAUAGUGCAGCACUACACAGAGCUGACAACAGCCAUUCGCACCUACCAGAGCAUCACCGAGCGCAUCACUAACUCCCGGAACAAAAUAAAGCAGGUAAAAGAAAAUCUGCUCUCAUGCAAGAUGUUGUUGCACUGCAAACGGGAUGAACUUCGGAAACUGUGGAUUGAAGGAAUUGAACAUAAGCACGUCCUGAACCUGCUAGAUGAAAUUGAGAACAUCAAACAAGUACCUCAAAAACUGGAACAGUGCAUGGCCAGCAAGCACUAUCUCAGUGCCACUGAUAUGCUGGUGUCAGCUGUAGAGUCUUUGGAGGGUCCCCUGCUCCAGGUGGAAGGAUUGAGUGACCUCAGGCUAGAGCUUCACAGCAAGAAGAUGAACCUCCACCUGGUUCUCAUAGAUGAACUGCACCGGCACUUGUACAUCAAAUCCACUAGCCGAGUUGUGCAGAAUAACAAGGAAAAAGGGAAAAUGAGCUCCCAUGUGAAGGAUACCUCUCCUGGCCCUCUGAUUGAUGUUACAAAUCUCCCUACUCCACGAAAAUUCCUAGAUGCUGCUCAGUAUUCUGCUGGAAGCUCAGUUGUGAGGGACAUAAACCUGCAGGACAUCAAGGAGGAUUUGGAAUUGGACCCAGAGGAGAACAGCACCCUUUUCAUGGGCAUCCUUAUCAAGGGGCUGGCCAAACUGAAGAAGAUCCCCGAGACAGUUAAGGCAAUCAAGGAGCGCUUGGAACAGGAGCUGAAGCAGAUUGUGAAGAGGUCCACCACACAGGUGGCAGAUAGCGGCUAUCAGCGGGUAGAGAACCUCACUGUGGAGAACCAACCAAGGUUACUUCUAGAGCUGCUGGAGCUACUGUUUGACAAGUUUAAUGCUGUAGCCACUGCUCACUCUGUGGUCCUGGGAUACCUUCAGGAUGCCGUUGGGAUUCCGCUGACUCAGCAAGAAGAGAUCAAAUUGUAUGAUAUGGCAGAUGUAUGGGUAAAGAUCCAAGAUGUGUUGCAGAUGCUGUUGACUGAAUAUUUGGACAUGAAAAAUACUCGUACAGCCUCAGAACCAUCAGCUCAACUCAGCUAUGCUAGUACUGGACGAGAGUUUGCAGCCUUUUUUGCCAAAAAGAAACCCCAAAGGCCAAAAAAUUCUCUUUUUAAAUUUGAAUCAUCCUCCCAUGCUAUCAGUAUGAGUGCUUACUUGCGAGAACAGAGAAGGGAGCUCUAUAGUCGGAGUGGAGAACUUCAAGGGGGUCCUGAUGACAACUUAAUUGAAGGUGGAGGAACAAAAUUUGUCUGCAAACCUGGAGCCAGAAACAUUACUGUCAUAUUUCACCCAUUACUAAGGUUUAUUCAAGAGAUUGAGCACGCCCUGGGACUUGGCCCAGCCAAGCAGUGUCCUCUUCGAGAGUUUCUCACCGUGUACAUCAAAAACAUCUUCCUCAAUCAGGUCUUGGCUGAGAUCAACAAGGAGAUUGAAGGCGUCACUAAAACGUCUGACCCCUUGAAGAUCCUGGCUAAUGCAGACACCAUGAAAGUGCUGGGGGUGCAGCGGCCUCUCCUGCAGAGCACGAUCAUUGUGGAGAAGACAGUGCAAGACCUCAUGAACCUGAUGCAUGACCUGAGUGCAUAUUCUGAUCAGUUCCUCAACAUGGUGUGUGUGAAGCUCCAGGAAUAUAAGGACACCUGCUCUGCAGCCUACAGGGGCAUUGUGCAGUCAGAAGAAAAACUUGUCAUCAGUGCAUCUUGGGCAAAAGAUGACGAUAUCAGCAGACUCUUGAAAUCAUUACCUAACUGGAUUAAUAUGGCUCAGCCCAAACAGCUAAGGCCUAAGAGAGAAGAAGAAGAAGAUUUCAUAAGGGCAGCCUUUGGCAAGGAGUCUGAAGUUCUAAUUGGAAACCUGGGUGAUAAAUUAAUCCCUCCACAAGACAUCCUCCGUGACGUCAGUGACCUCAAAGCCUUGGCUAACAUGCAUGAAAGCCUGGAAUGGUUGGCAGGCCGAACAAAGUCAGCUUUCUCCAACCUUUCUACAUCUCAGAUGCUCUCUCCUGCUCAAGAAGGCCACGUGAACAUGGACCUGCCCCCUGUCUCCGAGCAGAUCAUGCAGACUCUGAGUGAACUUGCCAAGUCUUUCCAGGACAUGGCCGACCGCUGCUUGCUGGUCUUGCAUCUGGAAGUGAGAGUUCACUGUUUCCACUAUCUCAUUCCUCUAGCAAAGGAGGGGAACUAUGCCAUUGUUGCCAAUGUGGAGAGCAUGGAUUAUGACCCUCUGGUGGUCAAGCUCAACAAAGAUAUCAGUGCCAUUGAAGAGGCUAUGAGUGCCAGCCUUCAGCAACACAAGUUUCAGUAUAUCUUUGAAGGCCUGGGACACCUCAUCUCCUGUAUCCUCAUUAACGGUGCCCAGUACUUCAGACGCAUCAGUGAGUCUGGCAUCAAGAAAAUGUGUAGAAACAUCUUUGUUCUUCAGCAGAAUUUGACCAACAUCACCAUGUCACGGGAGGCAGACCUGGACUUUGCACGGCAGUACUACGAGAUGCUGUACAACACGGCCGAUGAGCUCCUGAACCUGGUGGUGGACCAGGGCGUGAAGUACACAGAGCUAGAAUACAUCCACGCCCUGACGCUGCUGCACCGAAGCCAGACGGGGGUGGGGGACCAGACCACGCAGAACACGAGGCUGCAGAGGCUCAAGGAGAUCAUCUGCGAGCAGGCGGCCAUCAAGCAGGCCACCAAGGAUAAGAAAAUAACUACCGUUUAAUGGGUGCGCUGCAGUAGGGUGGGGGUUGCUUUUGUUUUUUCAGGCUCGCUUUAUUUGGUGUGUUAUUUAGUGUCUCCCAAGGUUAGUUGUGUCUGUGCUGAUGCUUUAGUGGAAAGAAAGUGUAAGGAUUAUUUCCUCUUCAGUUUUGGCUUUUGUUAAAAGCUCUGAAAGAAGUUUGCAGUACAGAAUUUUUUGGUAUAACAACUACUUCAGUCCAGUUGAUUCCAAGAAGUCUGGGGCGGGCUGGGGAUUUAGCUCAGCGGCAAAAAGCGCCUGCCUGGCAAGCGCAAGGUCGUGAGUUCGGUUCCCGGUACCGGAGAAAAAAAAAAAAAAAAACAAGAAGUCUGGGGCAGGGCAGGCAAGGAAGGUACAUUAAGCUAUUACGCUCUGAAAAGCAAAUGAAUGAAUAACUAAUAUUUUAUUUAUUCCCAGCAUACAUAAAAUUCCAGCUUUGAAAGCAGACUGCCAGCUAAGUUUUCGGCCGUUCUUAAAGCCACUUAAUAGUCUUCUGUUACAUGAACAGCAGGGUUUUUACUCUCCUGACCUCGCUGGUUUACAGUCUAAUGAAAUAAGUGUAUGUACAUUGUUUCCUGUCACUUUUGCCAAAAUCACAUAAAUGGCUUCUCAGCUGGCUGUGGCCUUCAACAAAUUUCCCUAACCAAAACAAGAACUCUUCAGAGUUAGAGGGGAAGAAUGUCGUUUAUCUCAACCCCUUGGGGAAUUUAUAUGCUGCAGCUUGUACACAGGCUGUUGCUUGGUUUAUUGCCUUUUUAUUCUGGCUGUUUCAAAACCAAGAGCCAUAAAUUAGUGACAAACAUGGAAGAAGGAAAGGUGAUCCAACCCUCUCUGCUUAAUUUCCCACUCUGGUUUCCAAGGAAAUAAUGGUUAGCGAUCACUCAAAACCUUGUGUGCAGUAAAUGAUUCUGAGGUGCUUACUUACCUUCCCAUGAGCAUCUGAGUCUUGCUCACCUCAGAAAGUAGCCUAGGUCUGCUUAGCUGAGGGCAAGGAUGAUGGACAGCCGUGACGUCUCCUCUGCGGGGCCGCCAGCUCAGCCUGUUUCUGAGCUGCUUUUCUGUUGUGCGGACGCUCACUGUGUCCCUGGAGCGCUGGACCUCACCGCUGUCCCAGGCCCCAAGUCUUCUUGCUGUGCCUCAUCACAGGGCACAAGAGGCAGCAGUGCAUUGAUCAGGAAGCGUCUUGAACACACCCGGAAAGGCGAGCAAGAAGGCCUGUGACCAGGUCUUGUACCUAUUUGUAGCAACUUUGGUUCUGAUGAGAUAAACAGAAAAUUAAAAACUGUCUUGAGAAUCUUAAA